ACUCGAGCUCAGUUGCUCAGUAUAGACGUAAAUGUCGACGUGAGCUGUUGCGUUCUCCCGAACUCCGAUAUUCCUUCAACAGGUAAACUCGAAGCAAGUUUCUUCAGUUACCUGUCAUUUUACUGUUCUACAAUUCAAACCUUUGUACCGGUUUGGCCACUGCUGAUCUGCUGCAUAAAUUUACUGCAUUGCAACUGCGUGUGAUUUCGCAAAAAUGGCAUCGUUGAUAUUGAGCAAAGAUGUGCCUGAUAUCGAAAAUUUAUUGAGUAUUAAUCCAAAGUCCAAAGGUCAUGCAAAUUUUGUACCAUCAGCACGUACCAAGCAAAAUAAGCAGCACUGGAAGAGAAACAUUUCUGAGAAAUGUGACAGUUGCGUGUCUCUGACGAAGAACUUUGAUGACAUCAAGCACACUACGUUGAGCGAGCGCGGAGCUUUGAGGGAAGCUGCUCGUUGCUUAAAAUGCGUUGAUGCACCUUGCCAAAAAUCUUGCCCUACACAAUUGGAUAUCAAAUCUUUUAUCACGUCGAUCUCUAACAAGAAUUACUAUGGCGCGGCGAAGGCGAUCCUUUCCGACAAUCCUCUCGGCCUUACCUGCGGCAUGGUAUGCCCGACCAGCGACCUUUGCGUGGGCGGAUGCAACCUUUACGCGUCUGAGGAAGGACCUAUCAACAUCGGCGGGCUACAACAUUUCGCGGUGGAUGUUUUUAAACAGAUGAAUAUUCCUCAAACUAGAAUACCUAAUCAAAUGGUACCUCAUGCGGAUACGAAGAUCGCUCUUCUCGGUUGCGGACCAGCUUCUCUCUCGUGUGCGACAUUUCUCGCUCGACUUGGUUACAAUGAUAUUACGAUCUUUGAAAGAGAAAAAUAUAUAGGCGGGUUAAGUUCUUCUGAAAUACCACAAUACAGACUUCCAUAUGACGUUGUCAGCUUCGAGGUGGAUCUCGUUAGAGAUUUAGGAGUAAAAAUUGAGUUGGGAAGAUCGCUGUCUGAAGAUGAUUUGACAAUACAGGGCCUUCAAGAUGUUGGGUAUAAAGCAAUCUUUUUAGGAAUUGGCUUACCAGAGCCAAAGAGUGUACCGAUUUUCGAAAAUCUUACUUCGGAGAUGGGUUUCUUCACCUCGAAGAGCUUUCUGCCCGCUGUCGCGAAAGGCAGCAAGCCGGGAAUGUGCGCUUGCAAGAGCAAUCAGGAACUUCCAUCUCUUCGUGGUAAUGUGAUUGUUCUCGGUGCGGGAGACACAGCUUUUGAUUGCGCUACUUCCGCCCUCCGUUGUGGAGCGAAAAAAGUGUUUGUUGUUUUUCGAAAAGGUUUUACUAACGUACGUGCUGUUCCAGAAGAGAUGGAUUUAGCGAAAGAAGAGAAAUGUGAAUUUUUACCAUUCCAAUCGCCAAGACGAGUCGUUCUUCGUAACAAGAAGAUUGCCGCAAUCGAAUUUUGCAGGACUGAACAGAACGAAGAAGGCGAGUGGGUAGAGGACGAAGAACAAAAGGUUGUUUUGAAAGCGGAUUUCGUGAUUUCAGCUUUCGGUUCGGGAUUGUACAACCCAGUUGUGAAGCGUGCUAUGGAGCCAAUUAAGAUGAACAAGUGGAACUUGCCGGAAGUAGACGAGACUACGAUGACGACCUCAGUGCCAGGUGUCUUCUGUGGAGGAGACCUUGCUGGGGUCGCUCAAACGACCGUGGAAUCUGUGAAUGAUGGGAAAACAGCUGCAUGGUAUAUUCACAAAUAUAUACAGGAAUCUUAUGAUUUGACGGUGCCGGAAAUUUCGCAGUUACCGAAAUUUAACACCGCCAUCGACGACGUUGACCUAAGUGUCGAGAUGUGUGGCCUGAAAUUUGAGAAUCCCUUCGGUUUGGCUUCCGCUCCACCUUGCACCACCAGCGCGAUGAUUCGACGAGCUUUCGAAGCCGGUUGGUCCUUUGCUAUCACGAAAACUUUCUCUUUGGACAAGGAUCUCGUUACUAAUGUAUCGCCGCGCAUUAUUAAAGGCACAACGUCUCGUCAUCAUUACGGACCCGAACAGAGCAGUUUUCUCAAUAUUGAGCUAAUAUCUGAAAAAACCGCCGAUUACUGGUGCGGCAGUAUUACAGAACUGAAGCGAGACUUCCCUACGAAGAUCGUCAUUGCGAGCAUCAUGUGCACUUAUAACAGAAUUGAUUGGACGGAAUUGGCGAGGAAAGCGGAAGCAUCAGGUGCUGAUGGCUUGGAAUUAAAUUUAUCCUGUCCUCAUGGCAUGGGAGAGUCUGGAAUGGGUCUAGCUUGUGGACAGGAUCCUGAACUGGUUCGAAAUAUCUCCAGAUGGGUUCGUGAAGCCGUCAAGAUACCGUUCUUCGUAAAAUUGACACCCAAUAUCACUGAUAUCCUUUCAAUCGCCAAGGCGGCUUACGAAGGCAAAGCUAAUGGCGUUACCGCAAUUAACACGGUAUCGGGAUUAAUGGGAUUGUACGCCGAUGCAACUCCAUGGCCGGCGGUUGGUCUAAAUAAAUCCACGACGUACGGUGGAGUGUCAGGAAACGCUACCCGACCUCAAGCUCUAAGGGCUAUCUCGACGAUCUCGAAGCAUCUUCCGGGCUUCCCAAUACUUGGUGCCGGCGGCGUCGAUUCAGCCGACGUUGCUCUGCAAUUCUUGCAUUGCGGUGCAUCAGUUGUUCAGGUUUGCAGUGCCAUCCAAAAUCAAGAUUUUACCCUGAUAGAUGAUUAUGUAACUGGUUUGAAAGCAUUAUUAUACUUGAAGAGUCUUGCGCAGAUAAAAGAUUGGGACGGUCAGAGUCCACCGACAUUCAAACAUCAAAAAGGCAAGCCUGUUUCCUUGCAACAUGCUCUCGGCAAAAAUAUACCAUAUUUCGGGGAAUAUCAAAAGUUGCGUGAACAGAAAAUAGCCGAGCUGAAAGCAAACUCAAAUCCCUUGGAUCAAGUUAUCAAAGUAACACGACCGGCUCAAGAACCAAUCGCUCCGAUACCUAGCGUUAAGGACGUAAUUGGUAAAGCGACAGCCCAUAUCAGCAGCUACAAAGAAUUAGACAACAAGAAGCAAGUUGUCGCCUUGAUUGACGAUGAUAUGUGCAUAAAUUGCGGUAAGUGUUAUAUGGCUUGCGCGGAUUCUGGAUAUCAAGCGAUUACCUUCGACGCUGACACUCACAUUCCCAAGGUGACCGACGAUUGCACCGGAUGUACACUUUGUCUGUCCGUGUGUCCGAUUAUCGAUUGUAUUACUAUGGUUCCGAAAACAAUUCCACACGUGAUUAAGAGAGGCGUGCCGCCGAAAAAUGUAAUCGAUAUCUUUUAAAUAAUACUUUAUCGUCACUUUCAACAAGGUAUGUAAAACAAAUUACCUUAACAACAGUAUUGCAUUUUUUUCUGCAAACGAUUAUUGAAUGAUUGUUGACAUCAUAUUUAAUUAUAUUAGUUUUGUGUCAUUAAUAACCCAGCUGAUAGAAUAUGAAAAAAUACGACAGAAUACGAUAUUUGAUUGCAAUU